GCAGCACGCCCCCGCUGCCCCAGUGUCGUCCAUCCUUCCCCGUGGAGAGAGAACCAUGACAGCCCGGUCAGUGCAGUCCUUCUCCGGAGCCCUGAAGCUCCUCUUCAACAACCAGUUAACCAGGGUUUAUGGUGCAGCAACAUGUACUCAGAGAAACAAGUCCUCUUACACUGCCAUACCUCCACCGGCGCGGUAUGGAGGCCGGCACACCGUGACUCUGAUUCCAGGAGACGGCAUCGGACCAGAGCUCAGCAAACACGUGUGUGAACUGUUCCGGUUCUGCUGUGUGCCCGUGGACUUUGAGGUUGUCAAUGUGGACUCAACGAAGGACUCAGAAGAUGACAUCAAUAAUGCCAUCAUGGCUAUCAGACGCAAUGGAGUGGCUCUGAAAGGAAACAUUGAGACCAACCACAACCUGCCGCCAUCCUACAAGUCCAGAAACAACCUGCUGCGCACCACUCUGGAUCUGUAUGCCAAUGUGAUGCACUGCCAGUCUCUACCAGGAGUGAGGUCACGCCAGACCAACAUCGACAUCAUCAUCAUCAGGGAGAACACAGAGGGAGAGUACAGCAGCCUGGAGCACGAGAAUGUACCGGGAGUUGUUGAGUGUCUGAAGAUCAUCACCAGGACCAAAUCUCUACGCAUCGCUGACUACGCCUUUAAAACUGCCCGCGCUCAAGGACGCAGACGAGUGACUGCUGUACACAAAGCGAACAUCAUGAAGUUAGCUGACGGCCUCUUCCUGGAGUGCUGCAAGGAGGUCGCUAGUGGUUACCCUGAAAUCACCUUCGACAGCAUGAUUGUGGACAACACCACCAUGCAGCUGGUCUCCAGGCCCCAGCAGUUCGAUGUGAUGGUGAUGCCCAACCUGUACGGGAACGUGGUGAGCAACGUGUGUGCCGGGCUGGUGGGGGGGCCGGGCCUGGUGCCCGGAGCAAACUACGGGACGGACUACGCCGUGUUCGAGACGGGCACCAGGAACACGGGGAAGAGCAUCGCUAACAGCAACACGGCGAACCCCACGGCCAUGCUGCUGGCCUCCUGCCUGCUGCUGGACCACCUGAAGCUGCACGCCUACGCCAGCAUGCUGCGCAGGGCCAUCCUCUGCACCCUCACCGAGACCCGGCUGCACACGGCGGACCUGGGGGGCCACGGCUCCACCUCCGAGGUGGUGCACUCCAUCAUGAGCGCCGUUCAGAGCACCGGGCCCCGGACCCUCAGCAUCUAGAACAAACACGCAGAGAAGUGAAUGUAAGACUCUCCUCAGAAGGUCCUCUAUGCAAUUUCAUAAUAUUAUAGUUGUUUUGAUAGUUAUACUGAAAUGAAACUGUCACAAAGAUCUAUGCAAUAGUUCAUCUUUCUGUAGAAAUGUUUCCUGUUUACCUGAAACAACCACCAUACCAUAAUACUGUAUGAAACACAAAACAACUCCUUUUACAAUCUUGUCCAUAUUUAUUAGUUUGGUUACUUUAUUUAUUAUUAAGAACAGGGUAAUCUUUAUAACUUAUUUUAACCCAAACUCAGCUGCUGCUUGUCUACUGAGACUCAGCUGUCCUACUACUGAAUGUGCUGGGUUUUAAUAAA